AUGGUGUCAGAUGGACAGGUGACAUUUGUCUCGGAGCUUCUGUCAAAGCCUGCUCAGAAGUUGUCCAGGUACGGCUGGUACGCUAAUGUCAGGCUGCAGAGGUUCCAGAUCCCAGAGGAGACCGCCAUCGCUCGCUGGUUGUUCUCAGUGAAAAAAGGACACACCUUCAACUGUGGACAACACAACGUCUCCAUCCAUCUUCGAUGGGGUGCCCCUCCUGUCAUAAACCCCACAGAGUCUGUGUUUCCCAACGCAACGCUCUGGAGUCCCAGUCUGUCUCUGGUUCUCCCAGUGGUCUCGCAGAGCUCCAUGACCUUUAACCUCUCAGAUCCGGCCCCAGGUGAUUGGUACGUCGCGGCUCACUUACCUGAAGACGAUGGUCGCAUCGAACAAAAGGGUUUUCCGUCGUGCUCUUUUGUUUUCCAGCCUCAGCUGUCAAUCAGGAGGGCGGUGGACACGCCUGUUUUACAGCCGGGGACAUUCCUAACACAGACCGCAGCCCCCGACACACCUGCACGCCUUAAGUUGUACGUCCCAGAGUUUGUGUCCUCACUGUCUAUCUCUGUGGCUGACUGUUCAUCGGGUGGGGCAGCAGAGACGGACGGCUGCUCGCUGCUCCUCACACUCGGCUCUGCAGCUCUGCAGCAAGGCACCGUGACAGUGAACUGCUCAGGACUCAGCUGUUCUGCGUUCCUGUCUGACCCGCCGUGGGACAGCUGGUUACAAGUGGUGGUGGACAGCAGCCGGGUCAACCGGACCGUCACCUUUACAGUCCUGUCCAACUUUACAGUGGGAUGUAAACCUGAAAGUGUCGGCCUUCAAGCAGACGGUGACCUCGCGAAGCUCCGUGGCAGCAGCAGCUCGUCGUCAGCAGGAAACGGCUCGGUGGAGUCGGACGCUCUCGUUUUUAACAAGUCUGCAGUACUGCUGGCCCCGGCGUGCGUGUGGAGCGUCCCCGUGCUGUACGAGGAGAUGGACGUCCUGUCGCUCCGCUUCACGCCUGUCAGUGGUCCAAAUGUCAGUGUCACAGACACAAACCCCACACUCCUCACCUACCCGCUGCACACCUACGCCUCUGGGGGAACACUGAACCUGCAGCUCACGCUCAACUCUACCAACACAAGCAUCGGGAGCAGCAGUGUCCUCGCCUGUUUCACUCCCUCGGCUCCGGUUCUUGAGCUCAACAGCUCUCGGCCUUGUCGCACAGCUCUGUUUGAAGGGUACAGUGUUGGAGUGAACGUCAGCGCUCCUAAAGCUGUCCUCAGGUUGCCUUUUCCUCAGUCGGCAACGUGGUUCCUGACUCUGCAGCUCACCUGCAACAGCAGUGACUGUGGGAACUCGUCGGUGGUGUCGGUGGUCCCGGAGGUGUUCGUCAGUGCCUGUGUGGAGGACUGUGGGCCGCACGGUGACUGCAGACUGCUCCGGUCCUACAGCUACCUGUACGCCGCCUGUGUCUGCUCCACAGGCUGGAGAGGGUGGGGCUGCACGGACGGCUCCAUGGCCCAGUCGUACCUCCGUCAGGUGACGGCAACCCUGCUGCUGACGCUCAGCAACCUGUUCUUCCUGCCUGCCAUCGUCGUGGCCUUCAAACGCUCCUACGUCACUGAGGCUGCAGUCUACCUCUUCACCAUGUUCUUCUCUACGUUCUACCAUGCGUGUGACCAGCCGGGCGUGGCCGUUAUGUGCAUCAUGGACUACGACGCCCUGCAGUACUGUGACUUCCUGGGCUCCGUUUGUGCCAUCUGGGUCACCAUUCUGUGCAUGGCUCGUGUCACGCACACGGUCAAAUACACUCUGUUCAUGCUCGGAGCUCUGCUCAUAGCCAUGUCCAUGCAGUUGGACCGGAAGGGUCUGUGGAACCUGCUGGGCCCCAUCCUCUGUGCCAUCCUGUUCAUGGUCAUCACUUGGGUGUACCGGGGGGUCCGUCGCAGACACUGCUACCCACCCUCCUGGCAGCGCUGGGUCUUCUUCCUGAUCCCCGGAGCGCUCUGCGCCCUUGUCGGGGUUUGCUUGUACAUUUUCGCUGAGACGGAGAACAACUACUACUACACCCACUCUCUGUGGCACAUCCUGGUGGCCAGCUGCGUGGUGUUCCUGCUGCCCCCGAAGGAGAAGAACGCAGAGGAGCUGGGCUGGACUAGAGGCUGGAGCUGGAGCUGGAGACCUCGUCUCUGUGGAUACACACUCUGCGAAAACAACAAGAAGGAACUCUACACCGUCACCUAGCACAUCGGGAGGUAACCUGAGCUGAAGACAAACGGUUUCACUCUGACUCUUCAGAGAUCAACUUUCAUUAGUUUUCAGUGUUCACACUGAGUAGGAAACUGGUCUUAAAUUAGAAUUAAACUAUCUUUAUAAAACUCACAGAGACCAGGACCUCGACCACACGGCUGAGAUCAUCAUAACAAAACUUUUUGUGCCGGGGUCAAAAUAUUCUGAAUGUAAAGAGAGAUCAGUGGAACCAGCAGGAGUUCUCUGGGACUUUUGUCUGCUGUACAUUUCUAUUUUCUGCGUAAUAUGACGUAAUCCACUCUGAUCGGGUUCUAGAUUUAAAGUGAUGCUUCCUUC